AUGUCUCUGUCCCAUACAUUUGUUCUUAACAGAGUAUCCAGCUCGAAGACAGAAGAGUCAGCUCUGCUCCAUAAGCUGCGAAGCAAGGCCAACAAUAUUGAGGAAAUUCAGAUGGCCGCAGAAUGUAUGGAUCACUUGGCUGCGGGGAUCGAUACGACAGGCGAUGCGCUCUGUUUUCUCAUGUAUGAGCUAUCCCUUCCAAGGUCACUGUCGGUCCAGAAACGUCUCCACCAGGAAAUCAUCGACAACCCGAACGCCAAACUCGACGAUUUACCAUAUAUGGACGCUGUUAUCAAGGAAGGGCUAAGGCUUUUCCCACCAAUCCCAAUGAGUCUGCCUCGAUAUGUUCCCAAAGAAGGGAGAGCUAUCAGCGGAUACUCACUUCCCGGAAACUCGAUUGUUAGCUGUCAAGCCUAUUCGAUGCAUCUGAUGGAUACAUCUGUAUUUCCUAAUGCGUCGGAAUUCCUUCCGGAGAGAUGGCUCGAGAAGCAAGGGGAAGCGGAGAGAAAUAGACUUUUCUUUGCCUUUGCUGCUGGAGGUCGAGGAUGUAUCGGAAAGAAGUGA